AAGAAGACAGACCUAGUUACGGAACUCUGUUAGUUCUUCCACACAUGUCGGAUAUCCUUGAAUACCUCAGCCGUUCUGUCAAGCAGGCUAUAGAGAAUUCACGAAAGAACAAAGGAAAGGUUAUUUUACCUCAGCGAGAGCUUUCAGUUUUGUCAAAAAUCAGUCCAUUUGUUAAAGACGCUGAGCAGUCUUCCACUCUCAUUAAUGUACUGUUGCCUUUCGUUAAUUCUUCUCAAAAGGAGGAGACUGCGAACAAUAUUCUAUCUACUAUUAAGGGUCUGUUACCUAAUGUUGAUGCGCCGAGAGAAUUUGCCACAUCUUUGUCGAAGCUUUUCUCGCAGUUGACAUCGCGCAGUACCAGGCAGUCUCUGUGUGAUGUGUUUUUGGAGCUUUCAAAUGUGGAUUCUAGUUUUUCUCCUAAGACGUGCGAACUUCUAUCUCAACUGAACGCGUGGAACCGCAAACGUUUAGAUGAACCCGAUUAUGACACUCGAUUGGCAGGCUUUACGAAUGCUAAGAUUCUUAUCCAACAAAGUGCACUCAAGACAGACGAGAUUUUGCCUUUGCUACAAAACUGUAUUCACUUCGUUUUAUGCAGCGAUGACUUGUCCAUCAGAGAUAGUGCUGGAAGUUGUAUGAGUUGCAUAGUGCGUUAUGUUGUUCAGCAGAGUGACGAAAAGGACGAGCCAUUUCAUGUUCUCAUCAUGAAGUGUCUUCUUCCGGCCUGCAAGAAAGCACUGUCUUCUAAAAAGGAGGUAAGCUGUUGAAACUUUUGGGAUUUCGUGAAAAGUUAUAAUAAUAAUAAUUACUUUAAUCUGUUUGAGAUGUGAAAAUAGUCUAUGUCGUUUAAAACUUAUGGGUUUCGACUAUAACAUUUCGCUUCAUAAACUAUCACAAUUUUGAAGAAAAAACAAAAUCAAGACUAAGGCGCGAAAAAAAAUUGAACCAGCAUUAAUCAGUACAAGGCUAUUGAGGUUUUUCGUCAUGUAUGACAUAAUUUAUUUGAAAGAAAGAGCUUCUAGAACAAAAGGUGUUGUGAGUAUUAAAAAGCAAGAAAUACUUUGGAAGUCUACAAUAGGUUUCUUAAGUGGCACGAAUUCUAAGUACUUUGACUACCAAAAAAUUUCUCCUUUAGUCUAGACCACAUUUCCUGGGUAUGAGUUUAAUGUUGUUUUGUCUUGUUACUUUGCUCAACAACAUUUUGGUGAAUUUCUGCUGGUAGAUUGCCAGAAAUGAAUUUCUAGGUGUCCUCUCCACGAUGGCUCGUGAGUUUCAACAUGAUUCCUUGUCAAACUUGAAGGUUCUCUUGGACGAAGACCCCGAGAAAGACUUUUUUGAGAACAUCAAGCACAUUCAGGUGAGGACAUAAUUAUUUUUUCUGACAAACCCAAAUUGUUAUUUUUGCACUCAGUGUCAGCCUUUGUUGUAUAGUGAAAACCGUAGAAGGAAGUUACAUUUGUGCAUACAAAGUUAUGGCUUUUCAGGAUAGGCAAACUUUUCUUCAAAACCGUAAAAGAGAAGAGAUUUAUUUCAUGUUACGUGACAGUAACUGCAAUUUGAAAAUAACAUGCAUAAUAAUGUUAAACGCUGUUUAAUUGAAUCUUCUACAAAUAAGGGAUACAGCAUGUACUUAAAGUUCUAGCUAAAGUAACAGUCCGAAACUCCAUUAUGAGCCUUGGUUAACUAGCCUCGUUUGAGUACUUGUGGCUUUUUUUGAGUUGAUUUAAAAUUUACGAAGUUAAUUUUGUUUGAUUUGUUUUCAAAUCAGCUCCAUCGCCGCAUUCGUGCGCUUCGUCGCCUGCAGUCCCAUUGUCAGCAGCAGAGCCUUAGAACCACAACCCUUACUGCCUUCUUGCUGCCUUUGGUGACACAUUGUUUAUUUGAUCACACGGCUGCUAAAGAGCACAACCUUGUCACCGAGGCUGUAACCACUAUUGGAACAAUAUCGGCAAGCCUCCCCUGGUCUAAGUACUGCUCAUUGUUGAGGCACUAUUUAAAACUAUUGCCUGUGGAGAAGACUUUUCAAAAGAUCAUCGUUAGGUAGGAAGUUUGUUGCAAAUUCACUUACAACAUCAUUUUGUCUGUUGUUUCCCAAAACAGAUGGUUUUUCAGCUUAAGACUUACGUUUCUAGGCAUAUUAUUAUAGUUUAGAGUGUAACCAGAAGUAAAAAAUGUUUGGGCGAUUCCUAAACUAAUAAGCGCCAAGUUAGGUUGUUUCAGUCCCCCUUAUAAGUUACAUCGGUACAUUUGAAUCAAGGUGGCUGCCCAUAGUAACCGCUGAAAAAUAGGGAUCCGUAAACAGCCUAAUACUGCGCAAACAGGACAAUUUUCUUUUAAUCAUUGGGCAGUGUUCGCGAGCCACGUUUGUUACAUAAGGCUUAAAAACUGUUUUCUGUUGCCAGAUAGCUUUAUGAGAAAAUCUUCUAACACUGCAAUAGGUAGCCUGCACCACAGACGAAACUAAACUACCGGUUAAAUCCGUCUGCGAAACAACACCAAAAUCCCUUUUCUGGGCCCUUACUGUGUAGCAUGAUUAGAGUCCCGCUAUGGUUGGCUUUUUAAAAAAGCUGUUGUUCAAGUGGCCGGUCAGGUUGAGGGGAAGUUCGAAACGCACUACCGAUAAUUCUUUAAGUCCGUUGGGGCCCAUAAAAAGGAUCUCGUUGCUAGUUGGCAGACGUUAUUGGCUGGGGUUAGAUUACGCUUGCCGCCAGGCAGCUGAUUAGCGAAAGCCACCUUGCUUAAGUUUUGACCGUCACAUCACGGGUCAGUUACGUAAAACCAAACCUCAGAGGACACCACCUGUAGUCAAAAUCAGUUUUAAGGAAUAACUGUAAUCAAUACUGCCAAGAGAAAAUAAUGGACAGAGAGGAAAUAUUAGGGCGUCGACAGGGAUGUGUGAAUUUCACUUAAAUUGUUUUUAGAGGUCCUAAUUAACUGAGGGAAGUCAAAUUCCUGAGGCGUCCUCACAUUUAAAUCCAUUGUUUAAAACGUCACCCUUCAAGUGCACGCGCGACUGCCUCAAAGCAAACAAUGCAGACUAUUGUAAUGACGACUGUUGAAUACUCUUUUGACAACACUGAAUAGACGUUAGAGGACUUCUCCGGAAACAAACUUCCGAUUAAUUUCAAGCGUUUAAUUGUUCUAAAAAUAGCUUUGGUGAAAUUCACACAUCCUAAGGAAUAGAUGGGCCUUUCCCUUUCUGUACCAUUAUUCUCUCUUGAUCCUGCCUAUCAAAUUUUUUGGAUCAAUUUGGGUUCCUGGGAAACUGCACCCUGACCUUGGUACGUGGAUCAGUACUGAGUAACAAUUAAGAUGUAGUAACUUGAUUUUUGUUUUUCUAUUGUAGAGUUGUUGUGAUUAUUCUCAACAAUUUUCACUUUGACCUGAGCGCUGUUCCCAAGCAAACAGAAAACCUCCCAGGUAAGUAACGGUAACGUAUUUUCACUUUUACCGAACAGCUGCGGAGCUUCUUAGAGGCCUCUCGCAAGUUUUUCUGAGCUUAAAAGAUAUGCUUUGGUCUUGACAGGUGGCAAAAAGAAAGCUGAAAACCCUGUUAAUACUAAAAAAGAAGAUGAAAAGCAACGUGAACGGGACGAUGAUGCUGAUGAGGUGAAAGACGACGACAAUGACGAUGAUAUCGAUGAAACGAACCCAGCAGUUAAUGGUAACGUUUCUAAAGAGGAGCUUGCAGUACGUAUCUACAACACCAUCACCUCAACUAUCCUGCCUCAGUUACAAAAAUGUGUCACAAAAAAGGUGAGUUUGUACUAUGAAGCAAGCGAGGAAGCUAUUUGUUAAUAUUGUUCUUGUUUUCUUGUUAUUUAUUACGUCUUGGAGAUAUGUCCAGGGUUAAACUCUUUAACGAAAUUUACAAAAAUCACAACAUUUCGCAGGAGUGCUUCGAAAAUUGCGAAGAUAACGAAAAUAUAACGAAAUUUUUUACUACUGAAAAGACUGUAAGGUUUUUUACUUAGCGCUCAGUAGGUCAAUCAGUCAUUCUGUCAGUCAGAGUCAGUCAGUCAGUCAACCAUUCAGUCAGUCAGUCAGUCAGUCAGUCAAUCAUUCAGUCAGUCAGUCAGUCAGUCAAUCAUUCAGUCAGUCAGAGUCAGUCAGUCAGUCAGAGUCAGUCAGUCAAUCAGUUAUUCAGUCAGUCAGAGUCAGUCAGUCAAUUAGUAAGUCAUUAACGUAGUUACAUGAUAUUAAUCAUAGUUUAGGCAUCUAGUUGAUAUGUCUGGUCUAAACUCGUUGUGUUUGUUAUUUUGUAGAGCAAAUCGGAUGACUUUCACCGCUUGAGCCAACAAAAAGCCGAAGACGAGGAGGAAGUGUUGCGUGUGCCAAUCAUUCUUGCUAUAAUCAAGCUUCUUCAAGCACUGCCGGAACAUGCGCUACACUCACAUUUACCGGGGUAAAAAGGAUUGUUUGUUUAAUGUUUGUUUUCACUUGCUUGUUUCUCGUUUCUAGCAAACGCCAGCAAUAACCCUUCCAAAAAUGUAAAACAAUUGCCUUGAAAAAAGCGAAAGUCAUUUUGGACGUUCAUAAUCCUCUAGAAAAUGUAAAUAAAAUUUUUUGAAAAAUUGGCAGGUAUUAUCUUGUGCCCCCUAAAUAAUGACAUUCUUUGAAAUACAAGGUGAGCUUUCGCUCAAAAAACAUGAUGUCCUCACACGUGAAAAGAUCACCGUUGCUAUGGGUACAUGAAAAAUCACCGCUUUCGCAGCAAACAAUAUUAUAGUGAAAUGGUUUGGUAUUUCAUUAAUGUUUUUUAAUAAAUAUUUCACUCGUUCGCUGCACUCACUCGAAGAGAAAUUUCGUAUCUCCGCGCGGCCAUGUAAUAUCCUCUACUGUUGUUGUUGUUUGUUUGUUUGUUUUUGUUGUUGUUUACUGCCUGUUGAUAUAAGUGUAACAUUAAUUACCUGCCCAGCUUUUUGAUCUAAAUAUUCCUAGUUGUUACUGAGCACCUUUCGUGAUGUUUUUUUUUUUUUAAUUUCUCUGUAGACUUCUUUUGCGUAUCUGUCACACCCUAAGGAGCAGAGCCCGAGAGGUGCGCGAUGUAGCACGGGAUACCCUGGCAAAAAUAACCGUUUCUCUCGGAAGUCGGUACCUCUUGUUCGUACUGAAGGAACUAAGAAGCUCACUUACAAGAGGAUAUCAGGUGAACAGUAAUUACAGUAAACUGCCCCCUUUCGCUGCCAGUUUAUUGGACGAACGAAAAUACAAAUGCGAAUGUCUGAUCGACAGCUACGACAGAGACAACGUCAAAAGAGCAACGGGUUUAAUGAGCAAAACAACGCCUGACGCUAGACGUGCCUUUCUUUGCCGUCACUGCACAACUUCAAGCGAGGAAAACUUAUCCUCGAUCGAUUAUGUCUGUUUAGGCCCUCCUAGGUCCUGUUUUGGUGGCUGAAUCGUGUUAUUAACGUUGUGCUUACAAGUGAAAUGUUAUUUUUUCAUGCGCCUUCCUAAUUCGCGCAAGCGGCUAAUUUUGAUCUAUCUUCAGCUUCAUGUCCUUAGUUACACAUUGCAUACAUUAUUAGACAAAAUGAGUGAAAGCCUCUUGCCAGGGGACCUGGAUUCAAGUCUGCAGGAAUUGGUGGAGGUGAGUUGCUUGUUUAUUUUUUUCCUUUUAUGAAUUUCCUCGCCGUCGCUUGAAAAUCUUAGUAGUCCUUGCUAUGUGGUAGAUAAAUUUCUGCAAAGGCCUCAUCAUUGACAAGGUCGAUAGCUUCAUGAUGCUUCCACGAAAUUCAAUAUUUGCACUCAGGUUAGAUUCUAUUCACACUUAGAAAAUUAUGCAUUUGAAAGAUAAGCCCCAUUGGGCCUCUUCAAUCACGUUAUCCCGAACGAACAUUUUUCUUUAUCGCGUUAUCCCGCCUGUUUUUAUCGGCUAAUCGCGAUCACGAAGUUACGCGUUAAAAGCUGCCUUACAGACAUUUGUUACUAGGAUAUGAAAACGUUGUACGCUUACGUAAUCACGUAACAGGGUCGAGCUAAAUGUUUGGCAACUUUUUUUGAGUCUAUUAUAUGUGGGAUUUUUCAAAAAUGCAGCUCACUUUUUUUACCGGAUAUUCAAACUUCUUUAAAGCAACAAUUUCUGAAUCAUGAUCCGUAGGAUCCCUAAAUGCGGCAUCCUGUUCGUAUGCAGUUUACAAACCGAAUCUUUUCUAGCCUUUUCCAGGCUCUCAGAUAGUAGGGAUGACGCGUAAGUGUAAGGCACGAGAAAAUAUGAGCGCGUGAUCUGGGGAAAAGGGUCCCUAGUUUCCCCCCGUAUCAUUUUCGUGUUCGCGCUUUCUCAAUUUCGCGGACCUAACUAUCUGGGAACCUGGAACACGCUAAAUGUUUUCCCAUCGCAGUUAUAAAAAGCUUUAUUCCAGAUCCUACCAAUUAAACUUUUCUAAAUUACCCCGCUUGUGAAACCUUCGUAUUUAAACCUGUUAUUAUUGGAAAAAAUUACUUUUACUUUUCCCAUGAUAACGCUGAAAAUCCAAUGCGGCCAAUGAAAGUCUUUCAUUUUUGCAGUCCUUCGACAGUCCUUCUACAUACAGUUGAAAUAUCCUGAGGCUUAAUUUUAUUGUUCGAAGACAGCGUCUUCAUGCACCGCCUGUAGAGUGAGCGCCAAAUCUCACGGAAACUACAGCGGUAGUUUUUUGUGUAAAGAAGGUAGAUACAAGGAUUUAUUGCACUGGUGCUUUGAUUAAGAAAGAGAGCUGGCAAAGCUAAGUUACAUACUUUGGGUCCAAAGCGAAGAAGUAGAAGAGGCAAAAAGAAGUGUAGGGACCAACCCAGAGCUAAAACAAACAUGAUUGUCACCAACAUCCUCAUCACUUUGCGAGUUCUCCUCGUACGAUCUUUGUAUCUUUGUUGUCUGCUGGUUGACACAUCGCCAACUAAUUUUCUUUUCUUGAGUAAAACCAUCACAACGCCGAAAAGGAUGAGAAUACAGGUCAAAAGGAUUGAGUAGAAGGUCGCAAAUGCAUACUUCACGUAAAAAUAAAACGCCAGCUCGGAGUCGAAUUGAAGGAAACAGUAUGUUUGUCCGUCUUCUCCAAGGAUAAACCUUUGUCCGUUGAGUAUUGGUGAUCGGAGAGCUAUGGCGACAAUCCAUUCGAAGAAAAUGGCAGCGUACGCUACACGGUUGGUGAUAAAGCGUUUUAAGGGAAAUAGGACGGCGAUGAGACGGUCCACUGCUAUUAGUAGAAGAGUGAGCACUAACACGAAAGAGGACAGCUCUUUGGCAAAUGGAAAGGCCUUGCAGAGGAUGUAACCGAAUUCUCCGCGUAUUGCCCAGUCUGUGCCCAGAAGAGCCCUAGAUAUCACGCGCGGCGAAUUAAACACAGUAAUGAUAAUGUCUGCCAUACUCAUGUUCACCACGAGCAAAUUCAUAGCUGCUCUUCGCAGUCGACGAUGCUGGCAAACCACGGUAAUAAUAUGGGCGUUCCCGAUCAAAGCUAUAAGUAUUACAAUGGCACAAAACAACAUCCUCAUCACUUGUAUUGCUACAGAGGAUUCUUGGGGACAAAACUGAUGCACGAAAUUCGUUGUUUCAUUUGACGAACGCAUUGCCCAUAAGAACUAAAAUAAGCGGUAUCGCCUUACUACAAAUCAGGAACGCGUGACGAACCCCUAAGAACGUCUGCGUGGGAGGCUAGUGGGGACGUAUUAAAACGAGCAAAGCGAAAAUAAGACGAGGGCGACUUGGGAAAGGGGGCGUUGGCGGCGAGAAGAAUGAGCGUUUUUCGCAUUUCUUUUUACUGAACGACUUUUCGCUUAUGGAGUCUGGAACAGGCUAGGGUCGGGAUUGAUUCGUGGUAGAGCCAUGUUCAAGACUAUCUCGAACGCGCUAGUGCAAUGGCCUACCGUUCUGCAAUCUGCCAUCUGGUCACCCUCUGAUCUAACGAGUCCAAUAAACAUUACCUCAAAUUAUGCUUCUAAAUAGCUUUUAUUUCAAGUCGCACUUUUGUAUUGCAUUCACAAUAAACAAGGCAGGCAGAUCCAUUAACAAACUUCAAGGAACAUACUAUUAACUCGUGUUCUCACUAGUAUUGAUAGUACAGCAUAUGGCCGAAAGGUACACGGUUUCGAAUGAUCCUCCUAAAUCUUAUUUCAGAAUUUCGCCUUACUGGGAUAAUGUAUCUUGAUGAAAGAUUUUAAACAACAUGAUUUUACCAUUUUAAGAAUGGGUUGUACUCAUGGAUGUUUUUAGUGAAAAGACUUUAUUUUGGGAUGUACUGGCAGUUGGCUGGAAAUCCAGCGUGGCGAAUGUCAGACUGGCAUUGAUGCUCUUCUGUCGUCCGUUUAAAGCAGCUGAGUGAUCCUCAGGUUCGACUCUCGUGUUAGCAUUGACGCACCGCUUGUAAAGCGGGUGUAAUAUCUGGCGGAAACCGCGGCGGUAGUUUUCGAUAAAAAUCAGGUAAAUACAGGGAUUUAUUGCACUGUUGAUGUGACCAAGGAAGAAGGCCGGGAAGGCUAGCGCGCACACCCUGGUUCGAAAACGAAAAAACAGAAUUGGAAAAAAGAAGUGCAAGCACCAACACACAGCAAAAACGAACACGAUGACAAACAACAUAUUCAUCACUUUGCGGGUUCGUUUCAAACGAUUGUUGUAUUUGCGUCGAGUGUUUGUGAAAACUUCGCCAAUUGGUUUUCUGUUCUUGAGGGAGACUAGGACGGCGCCGUACAGGACAACAGUGAAGAACAAAGGGAUGACAUAAAACAUUACAAAAGCGAAUCUUACGUAAAAGUUGUUUGCCAUUUCGGAGUCAAAUUCCAGAGUACAGUGGGUUUUCUCCUCUUCAUCAAGGAUGAACCGAAGGCCAUGGAACAUUGGCGCUCGAGCAGCAAAGGCGGAAAGCCACACGAAGGCGAUUGCAGCGUACGCAACGCGGUUUGUGAAGACGCGUUUAAAGGGGAACAAGACAGCGAAGAAACGGUCCACAGCUAUGAGUAUAAGGGUCAGUACUGACACUGAAGCGGAGAGCUCUUGGGCAAACGGUACUAUCUUGCAGGAGAUGGCGCCAAGAUUUCCGUCAACUCCCCAGUUCAUUCCUAAGAACGUCCUUGCGAUCAUUCGCGGCAUGUAGAACACGGUGAUGAGAAUAUCUGCGGCGCUCAUGUUGACCACAAAAAAAUUCACAGGGGUUCGCAUUCGGCGGUUCUUGUAGACUACGGCAAUAAUGAGUGUGUUGCCGAUCAAAGACACAAGUAUUAAGAUAACAUACGCAAAGACCUUAAUCGUUUGGACUGCUACGGUGGAUUUUGGACGGCAAAACUGGUCAGCGAUUCUUGUUUCGUUUGAUGUGUUCAUAUUGGUCUUUUUCUCUGUUCUAGAGACAAAAAGCGGAAGUGCCAGUGUUUUCUUUACCUGACCGACUUUAGGAAAAAACUUGCCGACAGGAACUUUCCUUGUUGCUUUAUUACGUCCACUGUACACAGCUUUAAAAAGUCUUUAAUAUUAGGAUGUACUUUGUGAACGAUUCUUUUGACAGAAUAUUACUCGUUAAUUUAGCUUCACUUUAUAUUUUUCUUUUGAAGUCUUCGAAGGUUGCUUGUAUGUGACGCUUUAAAACAGCAUAAUCAUUAACACGGACGGAACCUGACACUGUAUUCUCUGCUAGAAACAAGUUCCCUGUACUGUUUUGCAGCCCAGCCCAGCCUUUUGGUUUAGCAGUUUAGCUCGGAGAAAAUUUGAUGUAUAAAAACGAUUGAAGCACAACGUGCUGCUUUAACCAGUUGCUAGUCCGUCUUCCCUCAGUAUUACCGCGGUUUCAGCAGUUUGUGAGGUGGAAGAUGUCGCUGAUAGUCACUGAUAUUUACUUUAUGUGACGUUUUGAAUAAGCACUUAAAGGUGGGCAAGCACAAAUGCCAAGCUGCCUGCAGGCAAAGAAAAAGUUGCUGCUGUUUUCUGUUGUAACGCAGUGUACGACAGUUUUAUGUCGGCCUGAAGCGUUUUGUGUAGAAAGCUGAAAGCUGUACAAGAACAGUGGCGUACUGUUUGCCGCCUCAGCCUUAAGAUUGACAGACGGAUGUCGCAGAUGGAAAAUUCCGUCAAGAGGAAUGGCGUGUAAAAACAUCGAUGAUCAUCAGACGAGAGGCUGGUGAAAACAAGUCAACUGGAAACGUAGACUUGCCCAAAAGUGGACUUAUUCGAGCGACGAAGUCGCGAGAACGACGAAAUCAAGAGAAGCUUUCUCACCUGAGCAAGGACCAACCAAAGCUGAGUUUUUGAAAGUCUACUUAAAACGCCGCAGUUGGCUGUAUCAUAUUUAUCAACAUAUACGUCUGAGGCUUCCUAGUUCAAACCUGCCAAUUUUUUUCAUAAUCUUCUUUUGCGUUUCCUUAUCGAAAAAAUAACGCCUAUUUCUUCAUAGAGAUAAAAUAACCUUUCAUUUGCGUUAAAUCGAAAUACAAACUAACGAAAAAGCAUAAAUUUCAUUACCCUUCCCUUUCCUCGAUGCACCUGUCGACUAUUUAAACAAGCGAGCUUUGACUGAAAACAAACUAAAAGGAAGAAUAGACCUUCCAAGACACGGCAUUUCUUUCUUUCUUUCUUUCUUUCUCGUUUUUUUUUCUGUUUCGCAGGAAAAACAAAGUACAAGGCAUUCGGUCAAUUUCACAAAGAGUUGCAUAAAAUCAUGAAACACAGUUUUCGGUUCUUUGAGCUGUGUCCACGAAGCCAACGCCCGUAUAAAAGAACACAUUUUGACAGUUAAGCCAGGAAACGAAAAAACAAAUGUUUGCAUGUCAUCGGCACGUUAAGUUGUUAAAUCAAUACGUAAGAACACGAACUUAAAGCCUCACUUUUUAAUUUUCACGAUUUUUCUCUACUUGUAAUUAAUCGUUCGUGCAAAGGUAAACAUGUGCUAAGGGUUUUUUUAAAACCCUUUUUUUAUUGGAUGACGUAAAUCGUUAUCUCUGAGUGGAAAGGACACCAAACACAAUCUACAAACAAAAACUAAAAAAUGUAGUAUACAUCCUCUGCGCCCGUCGAAUCUAAAUCAAUAAAGCACAUGAUUUGAUGUUAAAAUUUUGGACUUUCGCAAACUUGACAGAUGUCUAAACUUAAUGUGAAACUUAUUCAGAAUCGAUCAACGCCAUAGUGAUCUUCUUUAUUACGGUUUGCUCUUAAAUUAAUUCUGAUCCAGAGUUGUGCGCUCUGUAGAGAAGCGGACCGAGUUUCUUACCCUUCUAUAUGUUAUGGCGUUCUUCAACAGUUUUCUCUUUUUUAUACUUACUGUUUCCUCUAUUUAACUGCACAGCUGAGCGAUCAGUUCUAUUUUCAGAAGGAUCCAAAUGUACAUAAUUUCGCUUUAGUUUAAAAGUUUCAAAAUUCUUGACAGUUUGAUUCGCAUUGUGUAAACUGAAGUAUGACGUUUCCUCUUCCUCGACGCACGCAAAACUCAAGGAAAAAAAGGAAAAUGUGCAAUUUUUUUCUUUCGCCAGUUGUAAAAGAAAAUGCCUUAAACUUACCACUUCACUUAAACUCGGAAGUAAGGGAAAGAACACUUUGAUCAUCCGCUGCCUUUAUUAGUCUUUGUCAGGCCACAGUUCCCCACGUAUUUUUGGUUUAUUUACGGUCAUGUUCCCAUUUCCCCACCCCCCCUUCCCUCCCUCCCCUCCCUCCCUCCCUCCCUCCCCUCCCUCCUUUCCUCUCUCCCUCAAAAACGUAACUCGCCUUAAAAAAAGGAUUUUUGACUAAGCGCAAAAUUACAAAAUAUGCUGCGCAACGUUACAACCUUAACCCUUUAAGCCCUAAGAGACACCAGCAUCAAAUUUAUCCUUGCCAUAUUGAACAAAUUCUCCCUACUACUCCUACAGGAAAUGUUUGAGCACGACAAAUGAGAAUUUGAUUGGAGGGUUUAAAGGGUUAAGCCGCAUGAUCCAAGGCCAAGUUGCCUUUCCAGUGGGUUAUAUAGGGACGAUGCCCUCCUUUUUGUCAUAUUUUUUUGAGAAUAGCCUAUGUUUUACUAGAGGUAGUUAGCGUGUUCUCCUUGGCUAGCCAGCUUCCUAGAACUUAAGCGUUUUCCAUCGGCAGAUAACCAAACAAUUAAAGUCACGCAAAAGCUUUGCCUCUGGACUUAAUUCUUUGGUUAUUCAUCGACGGAAAUCUUGUCAGUGAGUGAAGUUCCAUACCUUUUGAACAGUGCCUAAAUAAUAUUAUUUAUCUUCUUUGUAGAUACUGGUAGAAGACCUGUUUGGCGAGGUAGCCACGGAGCGCGAGGUAGAAAAGAUUGCCAACAAAAUCCCUGAGGCUAAAACGUGCAAGAGCUUUGACACUUUUGAGAUUCUUGGUAAAUUUGUUGGAACGCAGUCAUUAACUGUUCUGGUUUCUCCUUUGAAAGAGGUUUGUCUUAGUUAACAUGACACCGUUCAGAUCGAGAUAUUACUUCAAGUUAACUGCAGCUCAAGUGCUUAGUUAUAAAUGUUAUACUACUACAUGAGAAAUUUCUGCAAUUUGAUUGGCUUAGCGCAGUGGUAUUUCAGCUUAAUUUGAAAUACCUACGUGUGAAAAUUACAAAUCAAUUAAAUAAUAGCAUGAGCAAAACGAUGUCUAAGACAAAGACUUGCCAAAUGAUUUCUCCAAAUUUUAGGAGUAAUGAUGUCUAAGACAAAGACUUGUGAUUUCUCCUGUGAUAGAAGUUAGUUUAAGCUAAAAAGAAACACCAGCUACUAUCUGCAUAAUUUGCAUAAAUUACACAAGAGAUUGUUAUUGGGGAGCAAGGGUAGCGCAGUGGUGAGAGCAACCGCCUCCCAGUAAUAUGACCUGGGUUCGAGUCCUGGAAUCGAUGCCAUAUAUGGGUUGAGUUUGUUGUUGGUUCUCUCCUUUGCUCCGAGAGGUUUUUCUCCGAGUACUCCAGUUUUCUUCCUCUCGUCCAAAAACUAACACUUCCAAAUUCCAUUUUGAUCUGGAACGCACAAGCCUGCGUCGCAGACUUAAUUUAACCUUAGUUAAGUCUGCGAAGCAGCGCUUAGAUCCUUGUUCUGGGCCUCCAUCUAACUCAACGAAAUACCGGAAGUGCAUUUUCGAAUUUCCUUUCAUCCUGAUUGGUAAAUCGACAGUGGCUUUUUUAACAGGCCAAUGACGGCGCGUACUCAAAUCCUGGAACACAGGUGAGGGCCCAAAACAAGGAUUUUGACGCUAUUUCGCAGACGGACGGACUUAACAGAGUUAAGUUUCGUCUGUGUCGCAGGCUAGAACGCCCGGACACGUUUAAACGAGUUCGUAAGAACUCCUAAGUGCUUCGUGGGUAAUUUGCAAGUUUUACAAUGCCAUAAUCUUGAGAACUCCAGGUCACCCAUCCAAAAUAUAACCAUCAGGACACCAUCACUUCGUUAACAUUUCGUUUUUAUUGUUUUUCUUUCUUGGGAUAUCACUUGCAAAAGUCAGUCUCCUACUCUCCCUGGCAAACGUCCGUUUCUUCUCUUUGCAGGUUCUUGACUCGACGCAAAGUCACAAAACAGCUCGUAAAGUGGAGGAAGUCUUGAGAAGAAUUGGAGUUGGCCUGCAGUCGAACCCGAGCGUCACACCGCAGAUAAUGCUUAUUUUCAUCCACGGACUCACUCACGAUAACAUCCCUCUUUUAAAACCGAAAAGUGUGUAAGUAGCGCGACUGUUCAGUAGAUUAUUUAGUAUUUAUGUAUUAUCGGCUUCUUCUCACUAAGCAUAUUUAAUUCACUAGCGUAGAAGAUAUAGGACCAGCAAGGAGUUUCAGUUAGCGACUGUGAACAAAACCUCGUUCUGAGUCAUUUUCAAUUUGGAUAGUUGUUUGCUACAGACAAGGUCAAUACGACAAACAGCCCCUGAUGGCGCAUGCUUAAAAACAGUUCUUUUAUUAUUACUUAAGUUUUGUUAGAAACUGAAAGUAGACUAACACGGAAAACCAAGGUGGACGUUUUAAGCUAAUGAGAUAGUUAAGCGUUAGACCCUAAGAUUUGAGGGAAAAUGCUAUUUGAAAUAAAUGAGAUCUUAAAUAAUUUUUAAGUCACUUUUCUCGCACGAUAAAUCUUUCAGGUUUGCUAUGCUAAUCAAACAAGUUUGUGUCUAUAUAUGUCCUAUCUUCAACAACUUUCCUGACGAGUGGUGCACCUCUUCAGCCGUCUUCUAUCCAUGCCCUCUUUUCUUGCUUAAUGUACCCUUAGUUUAUUUUGCCAAUUUUUUCUUUUUGUCACUAAGAGAAAAGAAAGAGACUUCAGUACCACCCGAUCCCAGGCUUCACCCCGCCAGCUCGUUACUGCUACCAGCCACCCCUACACGGGGAGGAAAUGUGCCGGUGACAAGCACAAAGACGAAUCAUCACAUUUUAGUUGAGUUCGGUCUACAGGUAAAAUCGCGAUACCAUUUUGGUCCCGUUACAUUUUAUUUUGGUUUACUACACUUUACUUCACUUCACUUCACUUCACUUCACUUCACUUCACUUCACUUCACUUCACUUCACUUCACUUCACUUCACUUCACGUCACUUCACUUCUCUUCUCUUCUCUCUCUUCUCUCUUCUCUCUUCUCUCUUCUCUCUUCUCUCUUCUCUUCUCUUCUUCUCUUCUCUUCUCUCUCUCUUCUCUUCUCUUCUCUUCUCUUCUCUUCUCUUCUCUUCUCUUCUCUUCUCUUCUCUUCUCUCUUCUCUUCUCUCUUCUCUUCUCUCUCUCUUCUCUUCUCUUCUCUUCUCUUCUCUUCUCUUCUCUCUCUCUCUCUCUCUCUCUUCUCUCUUCUCUCUUCUCUCUCUCUCUCUUCUCUCUUCUCUCUUCUCUCUUCUCUUCUCUUCUCUCUUCUCUCUUCUCUCUUCUCUCUCUUCUUCUCUUCUCUCUUCUCUUCUCUUCUCUUCUCUUCUCUUCUCUUCUCUUCUCUCUUCUCUUCUCUUCUCUUCUCUUCUCUUCUCUUCUCUCCUCUUUCUCUUCUCUUCUCCUCUCUUCUCUUCUCUUCUCUUCUCUUCUCUUCUCUUCUCUUCUCUUCUCUUCUCUUCUCUCUUCUCCUCUUCUCUUCUUCUCCUCAUUCUCUUCUCUUCUUCUCUUCUCUUCUCUUCUUCUCUUCUCUUCUCUUCUCUUUCUCUUCUCUUCUCUUCUCUUCUCUUCUCUUCUCUUCUCUUCUCUUUUCUUCUUCUUCUUCUCUUCUCUUCUCUUCUCUUCUCUUCUUCUCUUCUCUUCUCUUCUCUUCUCUUCUCUUCUCUUCUCUUCUCUUCUCUUCACUUCUCUUCACGUCACGUCACGUCACUUCACUUCACUUCUGUUCUCUUUUCUUCACUUCACUUCAGUUCUCUUCUCUUCUCUUCUCUUCUCUUCUCUUCUCUUCUCUUCACGUCACUUCACUUCUUCUUCUCUUCUCUUCUCCUUCACUUCUCUUCUCUUCACUUCACUUCACUUCUCUUCACGUCACGUCACGUCACUUCACUUCACUUCUCUUCUCUUUUCUUCACUUCACUUCUCUUCUCUUCUCUUCUCUUCACGUCACGUCACGUCACGUCACUUCACUUCUCUUCUCUUCUCUUCACUUCACUUCUCUUCUCCUCACUUCACUUCACUUCUCUUCACUUCUCUUCACUUCACUUCACUUCACGUCACGUCACGUCACGUCACGUCACUUCACUUCACUUCACUUCUGUUCUCUUUUCUUGACUUCACUUCACUUCACUUCACUUCAGUUCUCUCCUCUUCUCUUCUCUUCUCUUCCCUUCACUUCACUUCACGUCACUUUACUUUACUUCUCUUCGCUUCACUUCAAUUCACUUCGCUUCGCCUCACUUAACUUCUCUUCACUUCAAUACAUUUCAUUUUUUCUCAGUUUUGUUCGGUGCUCAUGGCAUAAGCGUUUCGGUAUUGGCAGUCCGUCAAUUUCCAAUCGCUGAUCAUUAAAGUUGUUCUGUUCACAGUUGCUGCAAACGAUGCUGAAGCACGGUAAAAUCUCCUUGUCAGACCAGGACCAUCAGCGGAUGUUGGAUCCUUUUGUUGAAUUGCUUACUGGCUGUCUUAAGUCAAAAUACAACAAGGUAUUGUAGUAAAAUCUUAUACAGCUGCCUCGAACUCGUCCACUAGCGUCUUUCCUUGCUCCUGCUUGGCGCGUAGUGUUGUGAGAAGGUGUACCUUGCGUAUUGUAUUCUUGCCAUGAGACCCUGCCAGUGCGAGCGUUGUUUUCGCUGCACUUGAUGACCAGGAAGUUUACACAGACAAUAGCUAAUUUCGAUUUUAUGAUAACAGAAAUUUAUCUUGAAUCCAAGGGGGCUCAAAGAAAGCGGAUAUUUGAGAAUCCCUAUUUUACAAACCUUUCGGCGAAAACGAAAUUGCACCGAAAUAUCGGGAAGUUUAAAAAAAAGGUAAAACUACUGCUUUGACUGCGGAGCAGGAAGGGAAUUCAGUCUUGGUUUGAACUAUCGGGAUAUUCGAGGGUAUAAGUAAUCGGAUUUUUUUUCUUUUUAUUCAGUUUUACUUACUCAUCCACUCUUUCUUGGCCUUCACAGGUAGUGACAAUCUCUCUUCGUUGCGUUAGCUGGUUAGUUAAGUUUCCCUUGCCUUCUUUAACACGCUGUGUUCCAACAAUGGGAAAACUUCUCUUCAAAUUACUUAAGAAUUACGCUAAAGCUGGAGCCAAAGUUGGAGAGAACUUUGAAAUGGUUCUCUCUGCCUUUAAGGUACGUUUCCUUUCUCACAUUAAAACUUUUUUGGUACCUCUCUUUGCAAACGUAACUGACGUUUUAACCAUAUCGACGGACGUUUUAAUCAUAUCGAGCCUUGCACUUGAAUCUGUAAUAAAAAGAAAACCCUUUUUGUUUAGCAAAGUUUUGAUCGAUUUUGGGGUUGUUAUAUUGCCAGUGGAGAAGAUGUGGCAGUUUUCUUCUAUUUCAAUCAGAAGCAGCUAGUCUCAUUGCUAAGUUUAAUCCCAGCCAUUUUAAGUAUUAUAUAACGUUAAAAGUAAAAGAUGAAAAUUUGUUGAAUAUAUCGUCUGUUGCUGCUUGUGUUUUGUCGUGAUAUAGUUGACCCUGUAAUUGACUUUUUUCAUUUACUUUUUGAAGCUUUAAUUGUGACACUUCAAGCAAGUUUUUUUUUCAAAGAAAUAAUAAAGGCUAUCUUCUUAUCUAAAACAACCAGAUAAUAUUUUUGAUAGAAUUGUUCUAUAAUUUACUGUUUUGUCGUCCUUAGGCCAUGACCGUGAUUAUACGGGACUUCAAACAAUAUACAGUGACUGAGAAACAUCUGCAAGCAUUGUUAGGUUUUGUAGAGGAAGACAUUCACGAUCACACUAAACAGGGCACGGCUUUUCCUCUUCUGAAGGUACGUUUAAUGAUAAUAUUAUAUGCUUCUGAAAACUACUUUUAAUCCCGAUUAAAAACAAGCCGCUGUUGCUACAUCCCCGGUUAAAACUCGGGAUGCAGCGGCGGGGAGAUAUAACCUUAAAGAAAGAGCCAUUCUUCCUUUAUAAGGCCUAUUUCCUUUGGGUGUUUAUUUGUGCAUCGUAGGGGCUUUUUUUCUUGUGUAAAAUUUACCGACACCUGUAAGAUAUUAGGGAGCUUACGCAACCACGACGAAGACGAUGACGAUAAAGUCUAAAAACCAAUUAAUUUUAUGAGUAAAACAACAGCUCUGCACGUGCAUCACGCUUUUAAGUGAAGAUACGACGACGAAUUUUCCGUUCUCUUUUUUAACCUGGGUUAACUCCUUAAGAAUUCAACUCCAGGAAAAAUCGCCUACAUUUGACAAGUUAAGCGGGUCCAAAUAGAGGCGAUAAAGUUUGACAGGACGCAAACUCAUUUUUAGCGACGUUUUCACCGCCGUUGUCGUCGUCGUUGUUUAAGCUCCACUUAAGGUCUCAAGCGUUUGAGAACUAUCGCUUAACUUGGUAGUUAUAACUCCACAGGCAAUUCUCUCAAGGAAGCUUGUAGUACCAGAAAUCCAUGACGUCAUGUGGAAGGUUGGACAGCUGUCAAUCACGGGCAGCUCACCUUCAGUCCAGCUUCAGAGCAGGCAGGUGAGAACUACGGAACGUUGAUUGAAACCAGACCCCUGUCACCGUUGUUAUCUUUGUUUAGUCCAGAAAAUAGACCUUUAAACGGUUUAUUUCAACUUUUGACAUGGACAAGUUAGGGAAAAUUCGUCGACACCACUGGAAAGAGCGCCUUAAUGUUAGUAAACUUGCCAAAUUUGAAAGUAAUGCAUCUUAAACGAGCGAAGAUAUUACUCCGCUAAGUUGCGAAUAUUUACAGGUCUGUAAAAUUUCUAGCCAGAGAAAACAGCCGACAUUUUGCGACGCUACCACUGGUUUCCCCGCCAAAUGACGUCUGAGAAACGAGCUCUGAAAUUCCAUACUGAAACUAGAUCUGGUUAGUGCUUCUGAUUGGUUGAAUCAAAUUUCUCACGCAGCACGACCAAUCAGAAGCAUUACCCAGAUCUGGGUAGUGACGCGUCAUCAGUAUGGAAUUUCUGCGCUCAUUUCUCAGACGUCAUUUCGCGGGAAACCAGUGGUGGCGUCGCCAAAUGUUGGCUGUUUUCUCAGGCUAUAAAAUUUCGCGUCUUUGAGGAACUAUAUCUACGAUAGUUUUCGACAAAUCACCUUCAAACUUGACAAUUUUACUAACUUGAAGGCGCUCUUUCCAGUUGAGUCUACGGAUUUUCCCUAACUUGUCCAUGUCAAAAGUUUAGAAAAGAUAGAAAACGUGGAAAGGUCUAUUAACCUUGUUUCUGUCGCCAAGUGUGCGGCGGUUCUUGAAAAUUCCUUUCUAGAACAAAGGUCUUUGUCACCUGGACUAGCACUGCAAAACUGCUAACCAGUUAUGGCAGUCGUGCACUUUUGUCAACUUGCCUGGAUACUAACCUUCAAAGAGUAGGUUCCGAAAUUAAACGAGGGAGAAAUGUAGGUGUCAUACUGUACACGUUUAGAAAAGGCACGCUUUCUUUUUAGCAACUUACGUUUUGUUUACAGUGUAUGCUCCAAUUCUUGCUGGACUAUCCACUUGGGAAAAAGCUUCAAAGAUAUCUGGAGUUUUACGUUUCUCAGUUGAGGUAAGGGCUCUUUGUUAUAGAUAUUGUAAAUGCUCGACUAUUGUCAGCGGCUAAAAGUGCAAGAAGGAGAAGGCCGAGAUAAAGCAAAUUAAAGGUUAACAACAAUUAAAUUGAGAAAUCAUUAACUUGGAUUAAAAUUUUGAUGGUUAAAAGUGUCUUACGCGUACAACUUUAGUAACCAAACCUCAUUUCAAUAGACAAUUAGAGAGCUUUAGAUUUAAUGAGGACGAGGAUGAGUACGGGAUUUAACUUAAAGUUUUUUCGCGUAUUCUCGAAAAAUAUUCAAUCCGAAAAUUCUUGAAAAAUAUUCAACUUUUCACCUGAAAAAUUAGUGAGGUUAUCUUUAUUGGAGAAGGUUUAGCCCUUUCCCGGUCGCAAAAUGAUUAAACUUCUAAACUUUGAUAACUUGUUCUCGCCACUACGACGUUCUUGCUAAAACUCGUAGUAGAAUGAUGGCAGCUAUCAGGUUUUCCCGCCAAAAUGGCGCUGGUUCUCGCGCGUGCACUACUUAGUAUUGAGAAAAUCGCGUACUCGUAGUCGUACUCGUCUCAGAAUCCAAAGCUCUCUAAUGCUUUGUUAAAAGGGAGUAGGUUACCCCUGUAAGUCCCAAGAUUGACCAACAUCAAUUAUCUCCUACCAAUAUCAAAACAUCAUCAAGAGAAAAGGUUAGGAGAAUUAAGAAAAUGAUCACAAAAGGCAAAAUGCUCUGAUCGUUUAUCAAAUUCUUUCAACUUAUUCUAUAAGAAAAUGAAUCAAUGGAGAUCCGCGUCUGGAGAAUGUGUAUGUGGAUUUGUAUGUGGGUUUAAAGGGUUAAGAAGGAUAAAGGUUAUGUCACGUGAACGUUUGCGUUCACGUCAUUCAGUUCGGGGCCAGGCUGGCGAACGCCAAAGUUCACUAGUCAGUAUUUCAUACAGGUAAAUGGGUGUAAUCACGUCUGUUUUCAAUAGCUGCUCUAUGUGACUGAGGUGCUCUGUUCUUGUGAUAACUCAUUUCUGAGUGUUUAUUUUUUUUGAUAACUAAAAACUGAAACGAAAAAUACAUGACAGUUCUUAACUCAACGUUAGCAGUUUUAACUUAUUCUUUGCUGUUUCAUUCAAGCUAUGAACAUGAGACAGGCCGUGAAUCAGCGCUGGAAAUGCUGGCAUCUAUGUUUUCUUCAUUUCCCGAGGUAAGAAACCAUUUUUACUGAUGCUACAAAGAAAGUAAACAAACUUGAAACUGCUAAGAUGGCUUUGCUUUACCCAGCUUAGACAUACAGAGUUGGGUGGGACUCGCGUGGAGAAACGUCAUGAAACAGCCCAACAUAAAAAUGGAUCAUAUUUCUUUCGUCUUUAUAUUAUAUUUUAUUUUCUUUCAGGUGAGGCUUCAACCCUCACUAUCUGCUUGUCUAACGAGAUUUAGGCCACGGCCACACGGACCCGGACAAUUUUAAACAACACAUUAUUUUUUACCCACACUGUAAAUCAGAAAGAUCUGUUUUCGCCCUGAAAAUGGGACCGUUUCUGUGAGUAAAAGACAGUCCUAUUUUUGAGUCUAAUUUGGCUCCCUUAAAUCAGGGCCAAUACAAACCAAUUACCUAGGGCUGAUUUAGACCCAAGGGCUGAAAUGAGCCCCAGUGUGGGCUGGAAUAGUCUUUUCAUUGAGCAGUUUUGACCUAAAUUGUGCUCAAAUGGCUCCAGGAACGGCUGAAUCAGACUUUGGCCUGCAGGGCUGAAUUGGCACUUUGGGGCUGAAACAGAUCUUUUUAAUUUUCGGUGCUUUAAACUACUCUGGAGAUCAGCUUCAAAACGAUGCGGAUUCGGUCACCAAAUUCACUGGUUUUGUGUGGACGGAAGGCCGUUUCGUGUCCAAAAAAAUAUGCAGUUUAAAAAAUGUCCGCGGAUUCUUGUGGACGGAGCCUUAGUAAAAUAGCUGUGUGGUGUAAGCAACCUUUUGUUUGUAGCGUCAGCUCGUUUGCAUUUUCAAGUGAACCCUCUGGUAGUAAAAAUUGUUUCAUGUUCUUCGGCGAGUUGUAACUCCAAACUGGAAUGAUAACUGUUUCUUAUCACUAUUAAUUUUUCCUCUCAGGAUUUACUGUUUGACUAUGCUGGUUUCUUCUUUAUACCGCUGACUUCUCGCUUGGUGAACGAUGACUCCGCUGGUUGUCGUAAGCUGACAGCACUUGCUAUCAAGUCACUUCUAGAGAAGGUGGAAAUCUUUUUAGAAAUAUUUACGAUUUCCAGACGCAGUUAACGUAAUUGGUGGUCUUCACUGUGCCUAAAAAAGGGGGCUUGAAAAAUAUCGCGGACAGUAUUGCACCCAAUUAGAGAAAUUCAUGAUUUCACAACUCAAAAUAGAGAACAUAAAAAAGGGAGGAACCUACCAUUAGCUUUCCUUCCCUUCCAUCCCUUGCUGUUCAAUGUUAACAUAACCGCGAUAGUGCCAGGGGUAGAGAGGGUGAACUAAAGUAGGGUACUUACUAUUUACACAAACCACCACGUCAAAUUUUAUAGUUUUAUGUUUAUGCACAGUGUGCAUAAACAUAAACUAUAAAAUUUGACGUGGUGGAAGAAAUUUCCGCUGCAAAGUAUAUCCAAAUAAGCUGAACCGUCUAAAAAGAGUGGAAUAGUUGCUUUGUCCAUGUUUUCUGAAGGUUACCUAAUGUUAAGUACCCUAGGCCAAACCCACGUUCUUCCCAUUAUACUUUUGUUAUAAUGGCACAUAGUGUCUUCUGCCCGAGUUAUUUUUUCGUAUAAACUCUUUCUCGUUAGUUUUAGAGUAAACCUUUUCCAUCUUUUCCUUUUUCCUUUAAGGCAAUAUUUUUAAUUCUCUUCUUUUGCUUUUAUCCUUAGCUUGAUGCGGAUCAAAGACAGAAGUUGUUUUCCAUCGUUCUGUUAUGGUUCAAAGAUGAAAAGGUAAAAAGAUAAGGUUUACUUAGAUUAGUUUUUCUUCUCUGAAGCCACUUGAGGUCAAAGAGAACCAAAUAUAUUUUGAUAACCUUCACAACACUUAAGUAGAGCACGCAUCUGAACACGGGGCAGCUUCGGUUGAAACAAUACCGUCAAUAAACGGGACCAAGGCACAUUUACAUGGGACAAAGCCCCCUGUGAACGCUGUGCCCGCUUUGAGUGUAAUUAAAGGUUUCUUUAAAGAACUUACUCAAGUGUGAAAAGCACUGUUUCGCCGUAAUGUGGCAAUUUAGCCGUGACGUGGAUUACGAAUGGGUGGUAGAAAAAUCAAAUCUGACCAUCCUAGUACAGUUUGCAAUGGUAGUCAACGUCGCGGUGAACGUCAGAGACACUUAGUAAUUAUUGUGUUUUCCACAAUUAGCAGGCUACUGUUUUUAUGUUAUUUCUCUUCACUUUGUUCUCAUAAACGGCUAUGGGACGUUUAUUACCAUACACUGUCGGUUGACAUCUUUUUUCUUUUCAAUUUUGUUUUUUUCUCUCGCAGAUCAGUCUGCGGCGUCUUGCUGCCCAAGUCUCUGGCUUAUUCGUCGAAGUUGAAGGAAAGAAUUUUGAGAGAAGACUUGGUAGUGUACUACCAGUUGUUUCAAGUCUCAUAGCCCCGGAAGAGUACGAAACGGUACGUAGGUAACUCUUCAACGCGCUGGCUUAAGCUUGUGAUUACUUUAUUUUAAAAGACAUAAAAGUUUUCAUUUCACUUUAUUUGCUUAAUUUAACUGUAUGAAAGUUAUAGCUCGCGAGUUUAGCCGCCAGGCAGGAAAUGAAGUUCUUCUCCGUCAUCAUUCGUUAAUACUUCAGAAUUUGCCGCGGGGAAAGUCAAACCUUACAAGUUUCUCAAACUUGUUACUAAAUCCAAAUAUGAAAGACAAAGGGGGUCAUGCGUUUUAGCUUGGCGGGGUAUUUGAUAAAAAAUUCUCCUUUUGCCGCCUAUAUCUCUCUUUCAAAAUCAUUUUGUUUGUGAAUAAUAGCGACCUGGGACACAGUCUCAAACGCGUCGUAUUUUCAGUUGUCCUCUCGACUCGGUGUUUGAUACGUUAUGAAACACUCUUUACCGUUUCUGAUACUUUACGGGAAAUUUGUUGUUACAGGAAGAAAUCAUGGAAGAAGAAGCAGACGUUAAAGGAUUCGGAAACAUUCACCGCAUCAAAGAUCACCUGCUUUUUAAUACGCUUUCUCUUCUGGCCAAAAUAAUUAAAGAAUGUCAAGUUAUCAAGAACCCAAGCAGGCAGCAGGAUAUGACUAAAAUUUGGGGUAAGGUUUUGACAAGUGACAACUACUAUAAAAGUAACAUCUAAAAUUGCGUCUCGCGAGCUCCUUGAAAUGGUUGUCGGUAUGUAUGUUAAUUGAAACACACACGAAUAAAGCGGCCCGGAAAACAUAUAAAAUAUACCUUUUUACCGAUACGAUGGCCACAUUGAAUUAAUUGAUUUAAGGAGUAUUAUAGGAUGCCCAGGGGGCAUAAGCAUCUUUCGUUUGUAUUUUCGAGCGCUUUUCGGGACAUUUUUCUAAAAGUUUUCUUAGAAUAAGAUUCUAAUGGGAAAAAAGAUCCUUAUGCCGUGUUUGGAUGUAAUAAUGAUCGCCUUUUUCCCGAGAAAUAUACAAUGAAAGACCAUAUUUCUAAUACUAAACUAGAAAAAGGCGAUCAUUAUUACAUCCAAACACGGCACAAGGAUCUUUUUUCCCAUUACAACCUUAUUCUAAGAAAACUUCAAGAAAAAAUCUCCCGAAAAGCUCCCGAAAAUACAAACGAAAUGUGCUCAUGCCCCCUAGGCAUCCUAUAAUACUACUUAAAUUAAAUUAAUUCAAAAUGGCCGCCGUAUCGGUAAAAAGGUCUAUUGAUUACUGUCAAACCCCGUUAAUACGGUGGACACUGAAGGGAUCAUAGAAAGCGUCCUUAUUAACGGGUCAUGUUAUUUAAGUCUUUCUUUUGUUAGAAAAAAAAUACUAAAAGAAAUAAAGGAGGACAUUAGCACCGUUUAAUUAAACAUUUAAAACUGUUUUUGUGACAGAAUCUGUAGAAGCGCACCUACUGCAUCCACAUUCCUGGGUAAGACUAAUUUCCAGUCGACUGCUCGGUUUGCUGUUUGCUGCGUGGAAACCCGAGGAACUGGUGACUAGUUUCCAGAAGAGAAGAACGGCAGUGAAAUAUCUACAGGACGGUUUACCUGGAAAGGUUUGACUACUUGUAUAACAAGCGAUAGGAAAAACCGUGGUCUUAAAUUAUAAUUAGUUAUGUGCACCUUAAAAAGCAUUGUCAUGGUUUUAAAGAGGCUUGAAUGCUCAUCACAACAUACUAUGAAGCACUUUUUGACCGCGUAGCUUCUGAAACGUUUAAAGACGUUCAACUGAGUAGUCACGCUGAGUAGUCAAUAGUCAACAGAUGACAGUUUACUAGACGAAUUUGAUUUUGGUACAAGGUACACAAGCCACAAGCAUAUUUUCUUUGCUGUCCGACGCAUGUUUUUGUACUAAGCUUCCUACUUUAGAGUCGGCAGUACAACUGAUAAAACAGAUGUAACAGUGAACAGGUGAAAUGAAAAGUCUGGAUAUAUCGCUUCGUUCUAAGCGUAUUACAAUGUAAGUUGUAGUCAGACAUUGACUGCAUGUGAUGGCUAAUAUAUUUUAAUGUCAAGAGUUCGUGUGUGAAAUGUUUUGGUUCAACAGCCUAACUCCUUUGUUUUCACCUGUAUAGGUAGCCAAACUGUGUGGAGAUAUGUGUUCGCAACUUCUUUCGCCACUUUUGGAAAACGAAUUGGGAGAACAGGUGAGAAAGAGCAUAUCCACUCUCAACGAUAGUGACAUGGUGAGAAUGAAAUAAUUAAAGGAGUUGUAUCUUAAGAUAUUAAUAACACCCAAAUAAAAACGUAGGCACGGAUGGACAAACUUGAACAAGAUUAAAAUGGAUUGAAAUGGUGGGUUUUUGAAUCGUUCUUAGCCUAGCAGUUUUUCAAAGUUCAUUAGUUUGUUGUUUGUAACUUGCUGGGGAAGUCUAUAUUUGUUGGACAUGAAGCUGUUGUUUUGUCGUUUUCAAGUAAAUUCUUCUUUAACGUUAAGUUCCAACGUGCAUAAGAAAGCGUAAUUGGUAAUAUUAACAAAAUGAACUAGACAGCCGUGAAACAGCGCCUUUAAGAAUUGUAUCGAUUCGAUUUACUCAUUUGAUUUUAGGCUUAAAGCGCAUUUUUUAGGCAUUUUUUUAAGAUUUUAGGUACACUUUUUUACAACACCUGUAUAUAUUUUACCGAACAGGUAAUCUUAUGUAUAGAUAUAUUUUUAUCCUUAAAGAUCAGUUAUCAUUGUAAUGCGCUUUUGAUUAUGAUUUGUAUAAAAAUGGCACACUAUAAAAAAUAAAUGUUGUUGUUGUUGGCACUGUAGAAACCCUCGCUGAAAUGCAUUUUCCUUCUUGUUUAGAUUGUAAAAAAUUUGGUUUUCUUGGCCAAGACACUGCAGCUUUUAGAAAGUGAAUCGAGAGCUAAAAAUCAGCAAAAGGAGUUGGCUGCUAAUGGUGAAAAUGACGGUACUAAAGAAGGAGAAAAUUUCACUCUGAAGAAUCUCUUGGAUAAUAUGAAUAAAAUGGCAACACUGGAAGCGUCACAAACUCCGAAACACACUCAAAAGGUUAGUCAAGAAUUGAAGCAAACAACCUUCUGCUAACCCUAAAUAUAACUACAAUUUUACCAUAGUAUUGCGUUGAUAUGUAAAUUGUGCGAUUUUUUGUGUAUUAUUUUUUGAUGGUCUGUUGUUCUAGGAACAUAUACUGUGGCAAGAAUAUACAGCUAUUUCAGUUAACGGUGUCGUAAAGCCUACAUCACAAGAUCGCAUAACAAUUUGGGCUUUUCAUAAAAUAUUUACCAAACUUAAGGUGAUGUUACAAGGGACGAUUCGCAAUGACAAUCUUUAGCGCAACACAGCUUUGCAAUGCUAGAACAAUGUUGAAACUUUUCCAAACAAUGUCGCACCAAUGUUGCAACGCUGUCUUGCCUUAAAAAUCGUCGUUGCGAAUCGUCUCGUGUAACACACCCUUAGACCCUAUUUACGCGGGUCCAGGCAAAGUUUUGAACGGACGAAUUUUUUACCUGUGCAACCCGUUUACAUGGAACCGUGCAAAUUCUGCUACAGAUUGCAGUACUGUUUACACGAGUCCAUACAAACACUUGCAAGGUUCCGCGCGUCCCGUGUAAGCGAAAGGCGGAUCCGCGCAAGUUUUUCAGUGUCCGUUCGAAAAUUUUUCUUGUCCCGUGUGAACAGAAUCUUAGCCUAGCUUGCGUCGUAGACGUUAUCAAAUAAUCAGAAGUUUAAUUUCGUCUGCUGCGCAAGCUAAACUCAGCCUUAUAUCAAUCCAGGCCGGGGUGGCAUUAACAUCUGCGAAGUCAUGAUCGAAUUGCAAAGGAUUUGUAGCUACUUUGCGGUCUUUUCGCUUAGGGUUGAGGCCUAAAAAUUCUGGGCCCAGUUGUUAGAAGGCCGAUUAGCGCCAAGCCGGGAUGAACUUUUUCUCCAGGUUUCUUUUUCUUUCGUUAAAAAGCGCUUUCUCGGAUAGUUUUAUCUGUUCUUUUUAGAGCAUCCAAACAUUAAAUUGUAGACAAGACGAAUUAAACUGAAUUUGCUUUUUAAACUUUCAUAUCUGAAUUCAAAUUUCGCACUAACCCUGGGUUAUCUUAACCCAGCUUUUAACAACCCGUCUUGACCUUUGUUGAAAUCAUAACUGUAUAUGGAGUUUGUCAGUGUACCGUUUGUCAGUCGAGAGUUGUCAUUCAAUUUAACCGAUGUAAUUUCCCCGUUUGUUGUCUGCCUUUUAGAGAGCAUGCGUAUUAAAAUGGCUGGCUGCAGUGUCUAUAAGUUUGGGAAAAGACUCCACUGAACUUUACCUUCAGGACAUUCUCGGCCCAGUCCACAGAGAGCUAGAUAUAGUCACAACCUAUAAAGGUAAUCACUUCUUACGCACUCUCCCUGUAAUAACACAUCUUUUCCCUUGAGUGAGUACAAAACUUGUUUUUUUCUUGUUGUACGUUAAUAGGUGACGCACUAAAAAUAUAAUCAAUUCUGUGAUAAGUUAGCUUGAGAAAACAGCCGUCAUUUCGCAACACCUUCAAUGGUUUCCUCGCGUAAUGAGGUCUCAGAGACGGGCGCAGAAAUUCCAUACUGAGACGCGUCACCACUGAGAUCUGGGUAGAACUUCUGUUUGGAUGAAGUAAACUUUCAAUCAGUCAGAAGCGCUACUCUGAACAGCGUAGUGGCACGCUGUCAGUAUGGAAUUUCUGCGAUCGUUCCUCAGACACCUAUGGAGAGCUUCAGAUUGUAAGACGAGGACGACCACGAGUACGAGAUUUUCUCAAUACUGAGUAGUGCACGCGCGUGAGCCAGCGUCAUUUUGGUCGGAAAAUGUGAUAGCCAUUGUCAUUCUACGAAGAGUUUUAGCGAGAAUAUAUGUCGCAGUGGCAGAAACAAGUUAUCAAAUGCUAGAAAUUUUAUCAUUUAGCGAUCGGGAAAGGGCUUCACGGCCUUCAACGGAAAUAAGCGUACUAACUUUUAUGGUGAAAAAAGUACAAUGAUGCUUUCCGGAGUGCCUAUUUUUAGAGAAUAGGAAAGUAAACUUAAGAUUAAGUGUCGUCCGAGAAUUUAGAGCUCUCUAUUUCGCGAGGAAACCAGUGGUAGUGUUUCAAAAUGUCGGCUUUUUUCUCAGGAUAUGGUCAGUUCAGUUGUAAGCAAUUAAGUUACAAAAUAACGCUUUUUAUGGAAGAUGGUCCUUGUAGAGACCAUGCGACGCUUGAGGGGAUCUAUGGGGGACCAACACCUCUCAGUCUCCAGUUUGCUGGUCAUUGCUAUUGGGCAGAUAAAAAUAUAAUCUCAUCUCUCAUCCUCUGGCGCCCAGCGGGGAGAGUGCGUUCAUGUAAACUACCACACCCCGGAGUGAUUGCUAGGGAUUCAGGACUUGAUAUGUCAGAGGGACCUGAGUACAGCGAUGGCGAAUCUUGGUGUUUAGGAGGAGAUCCCCAAGAACGUCCCGUCCACACCAGUGGUCGAAGGAUGAUGAUGAUGUGUGAGCGAUCUAGUUGUUUUAUUCUAAACACUCUCUCUCUCUCUUGCAGAUUCGAAUCUAAAGGCUCUUGCACAGGACGUUCUAGAUCUCAUAAAAGGUCUCGUUGGGCGGGAAGCUUUCUCCCGGGCGUACGCCAACCUACAACAAACGGCUACAGAGACGCGGGAAACAAGGAAGAGAAAGAAAGCAUUGGAGGCGAGUUACGUGAUUUUUAAAAAUCUCACCUGACAGCGCUGAUAUGUGCAGGGAUGGGAGAUAUGGGCGAAAUUACCGUGUCAGUCACCAGUUUUACAUUACUCACAAUGCACCUUGUUACCCUCCUCCCCCUUAAAAAAAAUUGCGUCGUAAGCCUUGUCUUGGGACGAAUGUACUACCUAGCGAGAAAGUAUGAAGAAUGUUUAUGCCAAAAGGGGGGUAGACUGCGAGCAGUCUCUUAUUUUCUUCAAAGUCGCUGAGGUAGGACGCGCGAGCCGCGAGCCGCGAGAAACGAGGGCGUAAGUAUUUUCUCGUCUUGCCCCAGUCCCUUUUGGCUUAAAGCGUUCUCUGUGCCAAAACGCACCAUGUGUGAGAACUCGACGGAUCUUAAGAGAAAAGACGGACUGUUCGCAGUCUUAAAGGGGGAGGGGGUGUAGAAAGGUGUAUUUUGGGAAAUGUGAAAUCAGUGAAUUUCAACUAACAAUUAGUUUCCACGCCACCAGCGAAUAACUGCAGCUUUGAAGCAAACUUAAAUUUAAAAGUUUAGGCUAAACAUUUAGUAUCAUUCUUCUCUCAGGCUGUGGCGGAUCCGGCAAAGAGUGCUCGUAAGAAGAUUAAAAAGAACUUGGCAAAGAAAGAAACCAGGAAAAGGAAACUUGAUUCUCGCAAACCAGAAAGAAAGUUGAAAGCACCGCGAAUGCAAGAGACGUAAAACAAGUUUUGUGCGUCAGGAUUUGUGUUUUUAACCGAACAAUUUUGAGUUUCCUUUCAACCACUUGGGACCCUUGGCAACCACUCUAGCAACAGCCAGAAACUAAUGUGAACGUGAUGUCGAUAUCAGCUCGCUUCCCUUAAGGAUACAUUAUUCCCACGCAAUAGACCUCUUUUUAACCUUCCUCACAAUACUGACAAUACUGCCUUGCCGAUCCAAAUUGCGCGGUUGUCCGUUUUUCCUUCACGACGAGAAAUGAUUUCUCUAUUUUCAUGUAUGUGCUUACUAAUAACUUGAAAAAGAUAGCUAUGGAGAUACUUACGGUUAAUUUUCAAUAAGUGUGUAAAUUAAUAAUGUAAAAAUGCAAACCGAAAGACUCGUGUAGGAACUUUUGAGCGAAGAUUGACCUACUAAGUGCGGUCGGGAAACCGAAUAUUCUCUUUGGGAACACUGAGGGUACUAGUCUUAAAAAUAGCAGGGUUAGCUCUUGUACCGAUCUGUAUUAUGGCAGUGUUUUGGCACACUAUUGCUUCUUCAUUGGCUACUACCCGCCUAGUCCCUAAGCAUUAUUGGCUUGGUCAAACCUGGACUCUACCGUGAGCUGUCACGUCACCGAGAGAGAUUCGCCGAGAAUCUUCCUUUCCCAGACUUGGCGCGGACAACCGGGCAUGAAAAUUUCAGAAAAAAAGGCCCCGAAAAUUAGGCUGGGCUACUCUGAAAGAUUGCGUCCGUCCAGGUUUUUAAAUUUGAAUUAUUUUCCUCAAAGGUUGUUUCUGAGGCCUUUUCUCCUUUGCAUUUGGAGUUGGUUAAAUCGUUCCAUCAAGGAUAGAUUUUCCUUGAAUCUUGUGCCUUUGUAUACAACCGUGUCUAAAAACGCAGGCAAAUUUAAGGGCUCAAAUCUGGUUUACAUGUUAUGAAUAUCGUGUAAAAACUGUUGUUCUAAAGACAGUUUUGAGAUUUGUUGUUUCAUUUGAGUCUUUGUGCCCCGCAGUUCCAUGGUUUUGUAGGUAGUGCUUUCCACUGAAGGGGAAGAAAUUUUCGUUGAGAAUUAAUCUAAUCAUUUCAAAUAUUUCACGACGGUCUGGAAAAAUCUAAAUUUACAAGGAAUUGUAUGGAAAACUAUUCAAGCGUGACUGGGUGGCAAAAGUUGUUUUUCUAAAAAAAAAUCCCUCUAAUUUUCGGCGGGCCGUUGCAAUCGCUACUUUUGAAAUAUAAGGGUGAAAAUUUACAGGUUACCUAAUUUUAAUAUGCUCUUUCAGCUCGUUCUAACAAAAUUUUUCAAAAGUGAACUGUUUUCGUGUUUACCGAAAGUUGUCCACGUGAUCAACUUUUGCAAAAUUUGGUUGUCAAAAAUUGUCCUUCAAUUUAGUCCCAUAAUGCAAUUUCUCUAAACACCGACCCAGUCUCUCGCUCGUUCACCCCCAAUUUGACCAAAUCAUCGACAUUCUUUCGUGACGAACCUACCGGAAAUCAAAAUUGCCAUGCAUUGAGCUGUCAACAUCUUCGAUACGAGGUCUCCUUACCGAUGUACUCAUGCAUUCACUGUGAAGAUAUUUGCUCCAAUAAAAACAGUUAUUUUACAAGACUGGAAGUAGUUUUUUUUCCUUGCCUGAUAUAGUUACCUGGUAGCUCAGACCUACAAUGUUUAAAACACUUCGCUAGAAAACUAUCAAGGAGAAAUAAUUGAGCUGUUAUGGCCCGGACAGUAGGAAAACUGAAGGGACUCUGGUCUGGUAUUUUGGACAAUUCUAGUUUAGCGGCAUUUUAUAACAAACUUAAACUAAACAGAAAGAAACAAUCAGGUUCAUAGCAAAAGAUUCGCCAC